AUGAACGGGUUAGGGUUAGGGAGUGUCCUAGUCGAGAUUGGGGUUGUCCCCCUCCUCCUACUGCCCAGCCCUGAACAAGUCCAAACUCUAAGCUUCACCCUCUCAUCUUCAGCCACAUCAGCCACCGCACUCUUCUCAUCACCUACAGCUUCAUCACUGUUCAGUCCCUCAGCUACCCCCGUCGACCACGAGAUUCCAACACCUGGUCACCCUUCUUCCCUAGAAACCACCAAGUUGGCGGGAUCCACCAGCUUCAAGUUCUCCUUCGCCUACCCUCUCCUCGGUCCAUUCUGGGUCUACGGAUGCAUCGCACUUAGCUUGUUUUAUUUGAUAGACUUGCUGUUUUAA